AAACACCCCCCUCCUCCCGCAAUGCAUGCAGCGGGUUCUGUUUGCCUGUCUGCUGGAGAGCAGUAAUUGUCAGGCCAUAACAUGCUGUAGAUGCGACUGCCUCUGGGGACUGGUGCUCCGGGUUCCUGGCUGGCUGGGUGUUUAAAAUCUUGGCUGAACCAUUCCAUGAGCUGCAGCUGUGGACAUUCACCAGGAGUAAACAGGGCCAUGUGGGGAGGAAGACCGAGGACAGCUGUAAACACCAGUAACCAGGAGACCGUUCAGGACGGGCCGAGUGGGGGAAAUGGCAAUUAUUGGGCUAAACACCUAGGGACAAGACCUCCCACUCCAGGCUGGUGUCCUGGGGGCAGGAAUGAGCGGUUUGCUUUGAAUGGCUUUUACUACUUUGCACUCACUGUAUAGCAUGACUUUCCAUGGAGUGUCUGUGCUUCACCAUCACUAAUUCAUUAGCCCUAAUGACCCCUCUGCAAGGCCGAGGAGGGGGUGGCUAGGAUGGGGCUCCCGACCCUAGCUGUGGCCACCCUGCUGGGGCUGGUGGUGGCCAUGCUGGCAGAAGUAGCCGACAACAAGACCCGGCUCUGCCAGCCGGCUCCGCUGUGGGAGAUCAACGGGACGGCCCCGAUGGCAGGGGCGCUGGGGCAGGUGACCGUGGUGGCCCUGCUGAAGGCCAGCUGACAGUUCUGCCUGAAGCAAGCCAACAGUCUCGGGGGCUUGCGUGAGAAGCUGUCCCAGGACGGGCUGGCCAACAUCAGCUACAUGAUUGUGAACGAGAAGGCGCCGCUCUCCAGGGCCAUGUUCUGGGAGCUGAAGCGCCAGGCCCCAGAGGGGGUCCCCGUUUACCAGCAGGAGAUCUUGGAGCCGGACGUCUGGCAGAUCCUGGACGGGGACAAGGACGACUUCUUCAUCUAUGACCGGUGUGGCCGGCUGGCUUUCCACAUCCCGUUACCCUACAGCUUCCUGCACUUCCGCUACGUGGAGUCGGCCGUGCGCUUCACCUACGCCAAGGACUUCUGUGGCAACUGCUCCCUCUACUCCAACAGCACCCGGGAGGCAAACGGCACAGCAGAGGGACCCAAGAGUCUCACGCAGCCUCCUGAGCUGGAAGAGAAGGAACAGGAGCUGUCCCCCCACGAGAGCAAAGCCCACCGCCCUCACCACCACAGAGCCGGCAGCAACAGCGAUCCCCAGGCCUCCUCCCCCACCCAUAGCCACCACCAAGACCACCACCGGGGGCAACAGCCAGAGGUGCCAGCGCACAAGGAGGAGGAAGGGGAAGUGGCAUAAAGAGGCUGCCCCGGGGGGCUCACUGGGGUGACCCCCGUGCUGUGGAAAUGCCACAAGCUCACCGCAUGGCAGGAUGGCCGGGUUCAUUCACCAGUGUGGGACUUGGUCUCCCAGGCGCCUCCCACGCACAGAUACCCCAGCCUGCACAGCACUCCCCGGUGGUGGUGAAUGGCAUAGCGCUGCCCAAAUGAAACCUCGAACGCAGCACAAGCCCCUUUGGCACCAGAUACGGCCCCACUAGGCCCCCCACCCCUGAGGCCCAUCCGCUCCUUUCCGUGUCCUUCCCUCUGCAUCGCAGCGGCUCGCGGGGAAUAUCCCGCCCCCAACACAUGGAGGCACCGCAGUCUCCCACCUUGGGGCCGAUUCUGACCCCUUCCUCCACAGAUCCAGCUUGUCUGCGCUCAAUGAAGCCCGUGGUGCAAACCGGGCUACCCCGGUCACCACAGGCCGACGCUGCGCAGAAAAGCAUGUCAGGGGAGGGAGUCAGAACCGUCCUCUACAAGGGGGCCAGGGGCUGCGGGCAAAGUGCUGAGGGUGGUAGGGCUCUGGUCCUGUAACCCCGAGCCCCAGUCCCAUCCCCGCACCUGGAUGCUGCUGCCCACACUGCUCCUGGGAAGGCAGCCGCUGGGGGACGGCAUGGGGCCGGGGGAAGGUUUGCUGUGACAUGGUGAAUGGGGCAGGAGGGUGGGACGGGGCAGUGGGCCGUACCCACCAGCCCUCCCUGCUCCUCCCCCUACUCUGCCCCUUCCCAAAACUCUCCCAGUCCCAUACAUCUGCUGUCCCUAUUUUUCUCCCCACAAGUCCCAGCCCUCCAGCUUUGGCCCUUGCCUCUCACAAAGUCAUCAGCCAGGGUGGCAUCCAGGGGCUGCUACAUGGGGGCAAUUCGGGGUCCCAGACAGCUCAGCUCCCCGAACCAGGGGAGCCGACCCACAGGCCCCAAUGGGUGGGGGCGAGGGGGUGUGAUGGGGCACCUGGGGAUGGGGGAAAGAGCUGUCGCGCAGAACAUCCGUGCAAAUAAACCUAUCUGGCGUGAA